AUGAAACCUAUUAAAAUAAAAAAUAACGAAAAUGAAAAUCCAUUACCAAUGAGAUCUAAGUUAAAAAGAAUCAAUAUCGCUUCAGAAUUAUUUGACAAUCCUGUACAAUUUAACAUCUCUCCUUUAAGGUUGAAGGUUGAGAAUGAUGCACAAUAAUACCUGGAAGCGAUUAAAUCCAAUCGUAAAAGAAAGAGCUAAAAGUUGGAAGACACAGAUUUUGGGGCCUGGUAAGAUUAAAGAUACAUGUAACCAAAUUCCAAUUAAUAUCGGUAAUCUUUUAAAAAGGAAUAAAAGAGUUGUUAGUUCAAGAUUAGACAGCAAUCACCUAAAAUUUAACAAUAAAAUAAAAUAACUAAUAAGAUUAUACAAUAUCCAUUGACAGGUUAUUUAGAAAGGAAUUUAAAUCAGUUUUUUUAAAAAGACAAAUAUUUUAAAAUUAUUUAGAAUAUGACUGGAGCAACCCAUAGAAAAAAAACUAAGAAAAUAAUUCCAAAUAGCACUUAAAAUAGCAGAGCAUAAUCGUCAUUAUCAUUUUAACUAUGA